AUGUGUCAAGCGGGACCGAACAAGGUAGCCUGCGUGGGAAAAGCUGCCUUGUUAGUUGUGUCCUUGUCGAAGCAAGAAAAGUCAAGAAUACGAACCCUCUUCAAACCGAAAUCGUUGCAAACCGCUGUUUCGGCGGUCGCUGCUCCGUCCAGCGGUAGCUAUAUAGCCAUGAUACAGUCCAAUUUAUUGCAACUGAGGUCAACCGGGAAAGGUCAGCAGGGCUGCGCCGCGGUCGUCAGACAUUAUUCUUGGCUUACUUGCGUUUCUGUGAGUAGCGAUGGAGCGAUGGUUGCCGUUGGGGAUGAGGCUGGAGCAGUUUUUGUUUAUCGCAAUCCGUGCAGUCUGCUUCCUAAUGCUCCGAGAUCUGUCAGACUGGAACAAUCAGCUGCACCGUCUUCCAAACUUCAUUGGCACUCAUCCGCAGUGCGAGCCCUGUCUUUUUCACAUGACGGCAACGUUCUCGUAUCGGGCGGCGCAGAGGCAGCGCUCGUAACAUGGCAGAUGACUAGAAAUCACUUCGGCACGAAAAGUUUCCUCCCUCGUUUGGGAGCACCGAUACUGGCGAUUUCUGUCUCGAAUGACGAAUCCCUGUACUGUCUAACUCAAGCCGAUAACUCCGUGCGCUUAGUGGAUCAAGCCUCUCGCACGAUAACCUCAACAAUCCGUGGUAUACAAGCAAUUAUCGGGAACUUAAACCUUAUGGAUCACGCUCAUUCUCUGUCAUCACAACUCCACCGAAAUCAGAAUCCAUUCAUGGGAAUUACUCGGGAUCCGAGACGCGAAGGCUACGUGAUGAUUUUUGGUACGGGCAGCAAGGUUCAGAGCUACGAUCUGUUCAAAGGAAAGCACAUCAGCGAUGCAUGCACAAUUCCUGGCAAUAUUGUUCAUGGACCCAAAACAAUUCGUGGGCAGGCUAAACGUCCAGCCCCGCCGAUUACUACUCUCGUGAAGCUGGGCCCUUCUGGGAACGUCAUGGUCACAGUGGACAAACAAUUCCUUUGCACAAACCCAAGCAAAGAAUUUGAUAUCGAAAAAGAUGUUACGACUUUGCGUUUUUGGAAUCUUGAGCCAAACAAUGAUGUCCCGUCAAUGGUAUCUUUGUUUCGACAGCCUCAUGGCGUUGGAAAUGGAAUAUCUUCCGUUUGCAUUCACCCAAGAAAACCCGUUGUCGUGACUACGUCAUGUGAUGGCAAGUUUAAACUAUGGCGGGAAGUAAAAGGGAUAAAGGGGGAAAGGUCCAUAUGGAGAAGCGAAGCACAACUUGGAUACAAAGGCCUACCUUGUACAAGCGCAUGUUUUUCAAACGACGGCUCUAUUUUAGGUGUCGGCUGCGGAAGUGUUCUCACUGUAUGGCACGUUGAAGACUUGAUGGCUGGUACUUCUACAACUCAACACCUAGGCGCAGAUGCAGACGAAAGGCCCGAGCUGGAAUCACCGUCAUCUGUGAAAGUGGAAUUAUUACACGCUCUUGUGCAUCCACCGUCUGAAGAAAAGAUUAAGUCGGUUUCCUUUGUGUACAAGCAAUGCCCACUGUUCAUAGCUGCGACCGAGACCGGAAUAUAUGUAUGGAACGCGAUAACGCUUGGAAUAUUAUGGUCGUCGAGAAUCAGGACAUAUCCCGGGAUGAUUGCAACAAAUGAAACACAUGGAAUUUUCGCGAUUGCCGUGAAAAUCCCAUCAAUUGUAGCAGUAGCGGACACCAGCGCUGAAGAGAAGCAGAUCGAUUUUCAAGAAGUUUAUUCGGAUGACGAAGUUCUGUCCAAAGCACGGCGGCGAUUUACAAAAUCGACGCGCUCGCCUAGUGCUCAGAGUACAUCUGGAGGCAAGGAUUCACGGAAAAGCCGUGAUAAGCUUGCGAAACGAGAGCGACCGAAGCGAAAAUUCGAAGCAGUUGAGCAGUCUGGCUCAAGUUUCACAGGAACCUCUGCAAAAACAAAUUCUUUGGACACAGCGAUUGUCUUUUUCGAUGCCAGCUCACCAUAUCCUCUGAGAGUAUCUCGGUUGACGGCUGGGGCAGAUGUGAUGUCGCUAGAGUUCGUGGAAAAUUCAAGUAUGGACCAAGCAAUGCCGCCACCAUUGGCGUGCGUGAAUUCUAGCCUGGACAUCUGCUUCUACAGUGUGUCAGACAGUGCUGAUGACAAGCUCUCGCUAUUGACAUCUUCUAUGUCACCAGAGACACAACUUAAAUCUCUUUCGUCGACUACUGUAGGGAAACUUGAGAGUUUGCUUGGUAAGCAUGAGCAUGUGGGUAGAGGGGACAAAAUCAGAUCGAGCGGCUUACCGAUUGCUGCAAAUUAUUCAUACCCGACCUCCUCGACAUCAGCAACUGAAACAGAAGUUGUGGGACUCGGUAGGAAUCAAACGAGUCUUGCGCAGGCUUUCGAACGUCAUUUUGACGGCCCUGUGCAUGUCCAAGCCGGGGUCUCUUCAAAAUCCUUCCAUUUUAUUCAGACGCUUUUGAAGGGAGUACAGGAUGGAACGCAGAACAAUGUCACGGAGGCCGGGGGGAAGCUAGAUUCUGUGAAAAAUGCUGUCGAGGCGGCAGAAGGAGUUGCAUCAACGGAAGGAAUUGCGUAUGGAGCCGCGGAUCUCCACAGGGCAAGGUAUGGCUUCUUUUGCGAACUAGUCGAUCCGUCGCCGAACAGCAAACAGCCAGACGACACCACCUCAAAAGUCGACGGCGUACAAAAAGACACUUUCAUAGCGCAGAAGAGCGCGAAGUCAGACAGGAAGGAAGGCACUCCGAAGAGGAAGAAAUCGGAGAAGAAAUCACGGAGGCGGAAAGCCAAGGUCCGUGAAGAAUAGGAUGGCUGCCAUCGUCACACAUGUUUCGUUGAGGGGUAGCACGUGUUAAAUUUAUGCUGCAUUCGGAUGGGGUGAUACCGAUUCGUACUUGGCAAGAGAGCAGUCUUCGACCAUCUUAAAUUCCCGCGGCAGCACAAAAUAUAUCUUUAGCCCUCA